AUGUCGACUUCACAAUCCCUCUCCGGACGAAAAUCCCCGCGGAAACAUGCAGAAGAAAAAGAACAGACGACGAAGAAGAGAAGCAAAACCAAUCAAUUGGCUUCUUCGCCGGCACAGAGCAACCCGAUCUGGGACAAGGAAGACGAGCUCGCUCUGUUAAAGGGAUUAGUGGAUUAUCAAGCUAAAUCAGGACUCCAAUCAGACGUUGAUUCCGAUGCUUUUCGUCGAUUCAUCGGAGAUUCCAUUACCGCAAAAUUCUCUAAAGAGCAGAUACAGAGUAAGAUCGGAGACUUGAAAGAGAGAUUCUUUACUCGCGUGGAGAAGAUCAGUCCAGGAGAAGAUCCGACCUUUAGUGACGAUGAAGAAGCUUUUGGAUAUUCCAACAAGAUUUGGGGCCAAGAUGAUUCUGAUUUUGCUGAUGAGCAGAUCAAGAACGUCGUCGUUGAUAAUGUCAAACCUUCAAAUGCGGCGGCAGCAGAAACUGAAUCGGCAACGGAAACAGAAACUGAAACUGAAUCUGAAUCGGAAACUGAAUCGAGUGAGGGUGAUAAUGAGAUUGGUGAUGCUGAUGAGUGGUUGCGGGAUGCAUUUGAGACGUUGGUGUCGCGAGAAACUGAAACUGAAUCUGAAUCGGAAACUGAAUCGAGUGAGGGUGAUAAUGAGAUUGGUGAUGCUGAUGAGUGGUUGCGGGAUGCAUUUGAGACGUUGGUGUCGCGAGGUUGGAGUGAUUAUCAGAAGAAGCCUUAUCUUGAGAAGUUGAUGAGACUUGAAACCAGAAAAAGAAAGGAGUUGAGCGAUGAAUGGAAGGCGUUGUGCUCUGAGGAAUCGAAAUGGAUGAUCAAGAAGGUUAGGUUAACCGCAAAACUUGUGGAGUUUGCAAAUUUCAAGUGA